AUGCAAUUAGAUGAGAAGCAAAACGAUGCUGUCUGUACAGACAAAAGUACGAAUAAAAUUACAGAGAUCAAUCGUCAAAGUAUUAAACGAGAGAUUACAGAUAAAGAAAACACUCAAAAAUAUCAAAAUGAUACACAGCAGAUUACAGAUGAGAAAAAUAUUCAGAAUGAUUGGGAAUCAGAACGAGAGGAUAUUAACGAAAAGGAAACUGUUACUUUAACGAGACAUAAUGAAACGGUAGCGUCAGUUGACUUAGCGAUAGAUGAUUCUGAGAUAGACAUUACCAAAAUAAAAGAUGAAUAUCUGAAAACCAAGGACAAAUUAAUAAAAUCUCUGCUAUUUUUACAAAUAAUACUACAGAAGGACGCUCGGAAUUAUCAAAAUGAUACACAGAACGUGAUAGAUAAAAAAAAUAUUCAGAAUGAUUCGAAUACAGAACGAGAGGAAAUUAACGAAAUUAAUUACAAAAAGGAAGCUGUUCCUUCAAAGGAACAUAACGAAACUGUAGUGUCAGCUGAUUUAGAAACGUACAUAGCUACUGAGAUAGAUUAUGAGAGAGGGAUUAUUAAAAUGAAAUAUGGAGAUCUGAUGCAAGCCUCAAUAAAAUUGAUAACAGCUCUGACUUUGUUACAAAUAGAACUACAGAGGAUGGUCAAAGUUUUUCAGAAACUGUUAACCAAAACGACCAAAUAUUUUAUUAAAUCACUGUCUGAAAAUGUAAUUUUGGCAUAUUUCACAGAAUUGUCACACACUCAUAAACCAUCAAGCUUGUGGGCAACUUACUCGAUGCUGAAAAGCACCUUGAAUGUUAACAAUAAUGUUAAUAUACAUAAUUACCCGAAACUUGUUUCAUUUCUUAAAAAACAAGCCCAAGGAUUCAAAAGUAGAAAAUCCAAAACACUGACAGCGGAAGAAAUUAAAAAAUUUCUCGAUGAGGCACCAGACAAUAAAUACUUGGAUUUAAAGACAGCUUUGAUUUUUGGGAUUUGUGGUGCUUGUAGAAGAGAAGAGCUCACCAAAGUAACAAUUGAUAACAUUCAGGACAAAGACAAUGUAUUAUUAGUGAAAAUUCCAAUAACAAAAACUUAUAAACCGAGAUCUUUUGUAAUAUCCGAUAAAUUUUAUACUAUUUGUAAAAAAUACAUGGCUUUGAGGCCAGCAAACAUUCAAACUUCCAGAUUCUUCUUAAAUUAUCAGAAUGGAAAAUGUACCCAACAACCAAUAGGAAUCAAUAAAUUUGGGAAAAUGCCAAGUACGAUAGCAUCGUAUCUAGGAUUAUCAGAUCCUUCUUCUUAUACCGGCCACACUUUUCGUCGCACUUCUGCCACAAUAUUGGCAGACUCUGGUGCUAAUAUUUUAACGUUAAAGCAACAUGGUGGAUGGAAAUCUAGUACAGUUGCCGAAGGAUACAUUGACGAUUCUUUCAACAAUAAAAAGAAAAUUUCUAACCAAAUUAUAGUUCUAGUCUAA